AUGACGGCUAGAGGUGUGAUGCCUUCGACACGAAUCAUGGUGACCUACCGUAAUCCUGCGGCUACCGUAACCCACCUUGCAGCCAAUCAAUUCGCGUCUCGAGUCCACGCGCACGUUUCCGAAGAGUCUGAAUUCGAAGGAAGUGCCAAGAUUGAGCAAAGAGCAGUUGGCGCAGCGCCGAAAUGACGUCAUUAAGUACUACAAGUGAGCAAUUCUGAUGUGCCCAUGGUGAUGUGAUGCAAUUUCCAGUGAGCUCUCCCGCAAGAAAGUAGCUUCAAGCGUGUGUGCUCCCAAAGCACUAAAGCGAUAAGAAGUCUCCGAUUGUCAGAAGAGCCGCUCAAAGUGUUCCCAGAGAAAGUUCACGGCAGAGAACUCGUGCGCAGUCUUCCAGGAAUCCGAAAGUUCCCGUUGAGCUGCCGGCUAUUCAAGAGAAUCCGGCGGAGCUCAUCUGGGAGCAGAUCAAGGAUUUGAUAGGCAAGAUGCGCAAGAUGGCGCCAGUUCAGGGAGUUUCGCGUGAAGACGUGGAACAGCAUCUGCAGGAGCUGUUGAGUUUUAUGGUUGGUUGAGGAGAAAUACGGGGACACAGAACUGAGACAUUCUUUCCAGGUAUAA